AUGCGCGGCCAGUCUCCCCUGGUCAGGGCGGCGCGGACUGCGCGACUGACUAGAACCUCGACGACGACAACGACGACGACACCUCUUCUACUAAACACCAGAACCAACAACUUCGUCUGCUGGCAAUGUCGCUCCAUCCAGAUCAGCGCCAAGCCCGCCACCGACUCCCGCCCCGCCCCCGACGUCUUCGAUGCCCUCCCCGGCGGCCCGCGUGACACUGCCGACGCCCGUUUCGAAGUCAUUGGCGCUCCCGCCUCUCUCCUCUCCGUCACCUUGUCCGCCUCCCAACGUCUCUACACUCGUCGCGGCACCCUCGUCUCCGUCGCCGGCAAGGUCGAAAACGCCCAAUCGACCCUCUCCGUCCUCUCCCCUCUGCCGCGCGCCUUCCUCGGUGUUCCCUUCCUCUACCAGCGCAUCUCCUCAACCACCCCGAUCACGGCCCUAAUAGGCACCAAGUCGCCCAACACCAGCUUCUCGGUCCUCCACCUCGACGGAACCACCGAUUACAUGGUCGCCCAGCGCAACGCCCUUUUGGCUUGGACAGGCCACACCAUCCGCGUCUCGCCGCGCAUCCAACACGGUCUGGCCCCCGCCAACUGGGGCGCCACCCACGUUACCGGUCGCGGCCUCGUCGCUUUGGCCGCCCCAGGCCAGAUCUACGAGUUGACCAUAGCCGAAGGCGAGGAACUCACCCUCCACCCUUCCCACGUGGUCGCUUACUCCGUCACCCGCAACCCGCCUCUGCCGUUCCGCUUCAAGAGCACCCGACUCAACCUACAAGUCCCCGCUGUCCCGCACUACAUCAGCAACGCCGCUUCCAGGCUCGUGCCCGCCAAGGUCUCCGAGUUCUUUGCCCAGAUGAGGGAUACCCAGUUCUACACCAUCCUCGCAAGGAUACUAUACGGCCUCAAGACGGCGACGAGGAGGACGAUCUGGGGCGAUAGACUGUUUUUGCAGUUCCGCGGCCCGACGAAUAUCCUCAUGUCUAGCAGGGGCGUGCGCGUCUCGGACGUAUUAAGCAGAGAGGAUGUCAACGAAAUUGCCGACACGGAAGCGGGGGUGGUUGGCAAGGCUUUGGGAACUUCUAGGAUUGAGAAGGAGAAGGCCAAGGCCAAGGCGAAGGCGAAGGCUUUGGAACAAAAGAAGACGGAGACUCCUCCCCUGGUGGCUGAGAUUGCGGUGGCUGGUGAGAAGGUUGACUUUGCUGAGGAGGCCAAGAUUCCUGCUGAGAAGGUUAUUGAGGACGUUACGGGUGAGGAGAAGGAGGGUGAAGCUGCUGAGACCAAGCCUGUCAAGUUGAGGGAUGCGAGCGUGGGGAAGGAUGCGAAGGCCACGCUUGAGGAGUCCAAGGACUUGAACCAGUUUGUGCGGUGAGCGGUUGAUUGUAGAUUGUAGGUUGGCUGCAGGGGAUGUAAUUUUCUUUUCUUCGUCUUC